AUGGAUUCGAUACCCCUAUUCCAACCAGGCGAGAAAAAUAUGGCGGCAUUGCUCAUGGAAAAUUCCAUGGUGAUAGCGUACUGGUCAGAACUUCCCUUACAGAUGCGCCGAUUCAUGAUUGACCUCAUGAAGACGCAAAAAGUGAAUCCAUCGCAUGCUGAACAACUAGCCGACGUUCUUCUCGAAGCGGAUAUACGUGGUCACUACAGCCAUGGCCUUAAUCGAUUGGGUAAGUUGCUGCCUGCCUUCUUGUUCCUUGAUAACUUACUAAAUGGACAAAAAGAAGUGAUCGUUGACUUUCUCCCACAUCAUGUCCACCUGAUUCGAGUUGACUCUGUAGAAACAACAAUUGCAUGUAUGCCUGAGCUCAAGGCUUCUUACAGAUCAAUUUUCCGAUGUGAAGCCAUUGAUUUUUAG